AUGUCGACUUUGUCUUUUGUUGACUUUCCUGUGGAAAUAAUUCAUCAUAUCUUCGAUUAUUGUGAUAUUUUAACAAUUUUUCUGUCAAUUCGUAGUGUUUGUAAACGUUUCUAUAAACUUGUAGAAACGUAUAAUCAACUCAAUUUGGUUUUAAAUUCCAAAACUCAUUAUUAUAUAAAAUUCUUAUCUCGAUGUAUUUCACCUGCAUGUGUUGUUUCAUUACAUUUCAAAAAUGAUAAUGAAAAAUGGAAUCUUUUUUCUUUAUUUCAAUCUUUAUUUUCAUUGGAUCAAUUUACUCAACUUCGAUCAUUAACAUUGUUUUAUAUUAAAAAUGAAGAUUUGGAAUAUUUCUUUGAACAUUUAAAUAUUCAACAAUUGAUAUCAUUAUCAAUUCAUUUAAAUCUUCAAAGAUUAUUUCUAAGUAAUAUUGAUUAUCCAUUUGAACAAUUAACAUGGUCAAAAUCAAAUCAAUUGUUUUAUUUAUCAAUUGAUCAAUGUUCAUAUGAAAAUUAUCUUUCUAUUCUUGAACAACUUCCACAUUUACAAACAUUUAUUAUGAAGAAUUGUCAUUUUAAUUAUAAUUUCAAAUCAUUUCCAUCAAAAUUGAAUUCCUCGUUAAAAUCAUUAACUAUUUCGAAAUUUUCAAUUUCUCGACAAAAUCUUCCAUUAUUUUUCUCUCCAAUUCAUUCAUUAAAACAUCUCAAAGUUAUUUCUCAUAGACAAGAAAUCGAUUAUGUUUUUAACGGAUCGACUUGGGAAAAUAUAAUUGAAAUAAAUCUACCUGAACUUGAUCAAUUUCAAUUUUUCUUCUCAUGUGUUCAUUCUGAUGAUCAAAAUUUCAUUGAUCUUCAUUUGAUGAUUGAAUCAUUUCGAUCCUCAUUCUAUUUACUUACAAAAUCUUGCUUUGUCACUUCUACUUUCUUACCAAGAAGACGUGAAGUUUGGUUAUUUACAACACCAAUGUGUAUUAAUAAUUAUACAUGUGAUGUACGACAUCAAAUCUCUUGGACAAAUCAUCCGUAUCAUUUUACUAAACAAUCUAUCAAUGUCACAAGUAAAACUCAUUCAAUUGAGACAUCAUCGAUAACAUUUGAUCUUGGUGGAUAUGGAAUUAAACGUGAGGGACUCCGAUGUAUUGCUGAUGUUCUACAAAAUGAUACGACAAUCAGUUUAUUAGAUUUAUACAAUAACGGAAUCGAAAAUGAAGAUGUUCAAUAUCUUGUAAAUGUUCUACGAAACAAUAAAUCAUUGAAGACAUUGAAUCUUUCUCAGAAUUCAAUUGGAGAUCAAGGUGUGGAACAUCUCGCACGUUUUCUCCGUGAAAAUCAAACAUUGACUUCAUUGAAUCUUCUUCACAAUCAAAUAUCACACGAUGGAGCUGAUUUUCUUGCUCAAGCAUUGAUGCGCAAUCAAACAUUGACAACAUUACAUUUGUGGAAUAAUCGAAUUGGAAACGAAGGAGCUGAGUAUUUCUCGAUUAUGUUAAGACAAAACUCUACACUGAAAUUGUUGGAUCUUAGUGCAAAUCAAAUCAGAGAUGAGGGAGCAAUGGAACUCCUUGAUGCUCUUCAAGAGAAUCAAACGCUGAAAGAAUUAUGGCUUUGGAAUAAUUCAAUAACACCACAGUCGAAAUCGGAACUAAAACAAAUAUCCAAUCGAAUCAACCUUUAA